ACACACACACACACACACACACACACACACACACAAAGCUUAUUACCCCUUAUCACCAACCAGGUAAUGCCAUCACUGCUCUCCUCACUCACUCUCUCACUCUCUCGCUCAUGUACUGAGACCAGAGCGUCGCUGCUCAGCCUGCCUCCCACAACAAGACAAGAAAGAGUUGGCUGCCAGUGUCUUCAUCGCUGUCAGAGCUCUGCCUCACCACUCAGGUGCAGCCGAUCUAGUGUAGCUCUGCACUGCUGUGUGUGGGGAAGUCUGAGCAGCUCAGGUAGAAAGAAAGACAGACUUGAGACUUCUGCUUCAGAAGAACUUAAAGGGGAACUGUCGGCUGGCGUCACAAGCCUGGUGAAGUCAGGGUCUGCCCAGUGCGGAUGCAAACUAAAACGGCAAGUAGACAGACAUCUCCGCUAGUGGUACCGGCAAACAUGUGGGUAAGCUUGUAGCUUGGGACUGAAAGAACAAGAAGAGCUCCCUUGGGCAGCGUGUGCACCUGGCAGAGCAUUGUGAGCUGAAACGAGACACAGGGACAUCUCCUCUCCACAACAGCAGGGUCAAGGACCAGGACAAAGCUGCACUGCCCCCGGCUUCCACCAAGUUAAAACUCGACUCUCAUUUGCACACUUCCUUUGUGUCUGUCAGGCUGUCUCUCUGUGUGUCUGCGCUGUCCCUCCCGCUCUGCCUCCUCUGCUCUCCCGAUGGAGACUCUAUUUGUUCUGCGGGACAGCGGCGGCAGCAGCAUGGGCAGCACGAGCCCUGAGAGGGAGGCUGUGUUUGAGGUGCAGCCCCCCUCGGGGUCCCGCAGGAAGCGUGAGUUCAUGCCGGACGAGAAGAAGGACGCCACCUACUGGGAGAAGCGGCGCAAGAACAACGAGGCGGCCAAGCGCUCGCGAGAGAAACGGCGAGUCCACGACUACGUGAUGGAGGGCCGGCUGGCUGGGCUGAGCGAGGAGAACCUGCGCCUGCGAGCCGAGCUGCUGGCACUCAAGCUGCGCUUCGGGAUCCUCAGCCCAGCCGACUACACCGAGCACGCACACACCCUGCUGGCAAUGAGGCCCAACCCGGCCAGGGACAGGACAACGCCCCCUGCCUGCCAUGAGCCCUACUGCACCAAGCCUCUCACAUCCCGAGUACAGGACUCCCCUCCCUGCCCCACGUACCUACUCCCCUCACACACCCGCCACCCCACCGCUCCCCCCUGCCUGUCUGGCCCCCGGGCUGGCUCAGCCUUCACCCCAGCUCGGGGGGCCCUGGAGAGGUACCCCUUCUUCCACUACCCCGUUCACUGCAAGCCCCUGAGUUACCGGAGGGGGUGGGGGGACCCCCCUGCAGGGGGGUCCGGAGUGUCUUUCCGGAAGGCUGCUCCUCGGACGAGGAGGAGGGGUUUUUUUUUGACCGGGGAGCAGAGUUUCUGGCGAGGGUCUCCGCCUGCUCGAAGGAGCGGGCUGUGCACCCCUGACCAAGUGAAGCCUGGGCCUCACUUCUCGAGGCUGAAGGAGCCCUGCCUCACAAGCUGA